CGAACUGAAUUUCCUCCCCCAUAACAUUACAUCCCCUUUUCUUCUUCUUCGUCUCUCUAGGUUUAUUUCGAUUCCAGUUUAACGAAUUAGGGUUUCCAACCCUUCUCUCAGUUAGUUCUUGAUUUCUGAGCUCCGGGAACUCCGGUUUGUGGGUUUGAGCUUGGGUUCGUUCUUCAUCUUCCCCGAUCGACAACCAUGACUGAGUAUUGGGUGAGCCAAGGGAACAAAUGGUGCGAGUUCUGUAAGAUCUGGAUUCAGAACAAUCCAACAAGUAUUAGAAACCAUGAACUUGGUAAACGUCACCGAGAAUGUGUCGAUAAGAAGCUCACUGAUAUGCGUGAGAAGAGCGCAGCCAAAGACAAAGAGCUCAAGCAAAACGAGAAAUUGCUUCAACAGAUCGAAGCUAAAGCAACUCGUAGCUAUCAGAAAGAUAUAGCAACUGCUCAUGAAGUAGCCAAAGCAAACGGCGCACCUGAGGAUGGUACACGCGAUUGGGUGCUUGACAGUGCUUCGGGCUAUUAUUACAACCAGACCAAUGGUCUGCACUAUGACUCAAAGUCUGGAUUCUAUUACAGUGACUCCAUAGGACAUUGGGUGACACAAGACGAGGCUUACGCUGCGGUUAAAACUUCAUCAGAUAAAGGAACUAAAGUACCUCCCGUUAAAAAGCCUGUACCUUCUUCAGAAGCUGGACCAAGUAUGGCAAAAGCACCUGGGCGUGUUGUCUCGGCUUCUUUAAACCCGAAAAGAACUGUGAAAGGAGCUGCUUCAUCUGUUGAUAUUGGCAACAACAAGAGAAAGAGACAAGAUGAGAAACCGAAGAAAGUAUCUGCGGAAGAGAGAGCUGCAUUGAAGGCGAGGGAAGCUGCUAGGAAACGAGUUGAAGAUAGAGAAAAACCAUUGCUUGGUCUUUACAAUAGACCGUUUUGAUGAAAUCGUUGGUUGCUGCUCUGUCAGGGAAAGAGAGUGAUGAUUGAUGACAUUGUGUGGCGGUUAUUUCAGUUAUUUCUCCAUAGCGUUUAAUCCAAAACUCUGUGGUAUUUCUCGGAGGAUUGGCCUUGUGUUCUUUAACUGUUGUUCCAAAUAAAUCAAUUUCUAUUUGUUGUACAAACCUAUACAAUUUUGGAACACUUUAAACAAAAAUAUUACAUUUUCUUCAUAGAAA